CUGUUAGCAAUCCUGGUGGAAGGAAAACAUAACAGAUGGGACAACAGGAAAGGAACAGUAGAGCGGGAAUUUAUAGAGAAAAUUUUGUCUUGUAGAUUUGACCAUUAAGUUUCAUCUGUAAUAGUUGUAUUAAUUUACAGUGAUUUGAUAUAAAAUUUAAAGAAAUUACUCCAGAUUUUGUUUUGUAAAAUGUCCAAAUCGAAAGAACUCCAGCUACCUGUAUCGCGUAUUAGAACGAUAAUGAAAAGUUCUCCAGACGUUGAAAAUAUUGGCCAAGAUGCUUUACACUUGGUAACUAAAGCUACUGAAUUGUUUGUUCAGUUUCUGUCUCAAGAAGCCCUCAAAAGGUGCGAUUCAAAGGAACUGGAAUAUAAACAAUUUGCAGAAGUUGUGCAGUCUAGUGAAAACAUGAUGUUUUUAAGAGAAAUAUUACCCAAGAAAAUAACAGUCAAGGAAUACAAAGCCAUGAUGGAAAAGAACAAGGAAAAUAUGGACAUGGAAGAAGGUAGUGAUUAAAUGAAAGCUAUGUUAUAUAACAAUGUUUUAUUUUCAAAAACUUAAAUUACAUUCCUAAAUUACAAAUCAAUAAAUCUUACUGAGUUUA